AUAUCAGGCCUUGUUAAGAAGCGUUACGCAGCUUGCAUUUUGCCUGCGAAAAGGCGAUUUGCCUACGCGUUCAGCAGUUAUGCGUAACGCAAAAACUUUAUUCUUUUAGAAUAUUUAAAUUAUCUUUUUAUAUCGUUUAUGUGACGUUCAUUCAGAAGUAUUUAAAAGAAUUUAACCGCAAUUGUAAACUAAUAGAUUUUUUGUUAAAAAAACAAUUUGUUUAAUAAUUUUUUUUUUUGUUUUUAAAAAUUACUUAAAGAAAAUUAAGUGUUUUAAGUUUAAACUUUUCAUCAUAUUUAAUUUUAAAUAUUAGAUUUCAUAAGUUUAUAGACUUUAUUCACAAGUAAUGUUUAUUUUAUAUGUAAUGUAUUUUGUUUAUUUAUUUAUAAUUUUGAAACAAUUUUUUUUUUUCGUCCCUUUAAGAAAGUACUUAUGAUGAGCUGUAAAGUAAAUCAUUUCCUCAUCAUCAACUGUCGAGACCCCGAUGCGAUUUCACGAGUUGUAUGGGAAAAGGUUUGUUGCCCCCCCCCCCUUCAUUUUAAGAGAGGGGAGUUAACAUUUGACUAACAGUUAAAUAUUUUUUUUGAGACUUUUGAAGGAUUUACUCUACUUAUUUCAUUCAUAAAAUUGCGCCUGGCUGGACCUGUCGGUAAUAUGUCAGAAAAUUUAGUUGAUCGAAUUUUUUUUUUUUUUUUGAAAAUUUAGUAUUUAGAAGUAAAUGAUUUUUUUAGUGUUGAAGAUUCUUUUUUGCAUACAUUUCUAUUAUCAUUAAUUUUUUAGAUUGAUCAUAGAAAGAACGUAGAUUAGAAUUAGUUUAUGAGCAGUAGAUGAAUACUUACUAGUCAAGUUCUUUAAAGAAAAUUGUUGAUAGAUUUUUUGCUUUGUUUAAGCACUGAUUAAAACUGUAAAGUAGUAUGAAGCUAUAAUCAUAUAAUAUAAAUGAUUGAAACUUGUAACUACCAUUAAAGAAAAAUAAAUAAAAAAUCGUUUUAUUUUUUAUAAUUUUAAGCAAAAAUGCUGUGAGAUAACAUUAAUCGUCAAUUUAGAGGUCAAUUUCUUUAAAAAAAAAAAAAAUUUUAUGGAAGAAGUGGUAAUUGAACAGGGGAAGAGUAUGUGUCUUCCCCCCCCCCCCCCCCACCUCCAUUGUAUCGUCGGGUUAAGAUGCAUUGCACUGCUAACUCCGGCACUCCGGGUUAGGUUGCAAACGAUAGUCCAGAUUCUGGUACUUGAGUAUUUCAACUAAAAUUAACUUUUAUCAAUGGUAUUUAUGGAAAGGUUAACAAAAAUAUAUUUAAAACAAAUACUUAAAAUAAAACGGUAAUAUUUAGCAAAAUCAGUUGUUUCCUAUUUAUAAAAAUCUUUUCUCUGUAAUUACGAUGAUAUUAGGAUGUUGUUUUGGUGAUGAGAGCUGUUACAUUUUUCACAACUAAAUUGGUACUUAGUUAAUAACUAUCGGGAGAGAAAAAUUUUUUUUUCCAUUCAGGAAAAAAUAAAUAUAUAUAUUUAAUUAAAUUUUAAAGUACAAUAGUUAUUACACUUAGUUAGGCUGCCUAUUUUUUAAUGCGCAUUAAACUUGUUUCUGCUUAUUUGUAAAAGAUACCGGAAACUUGUUUAUAAUAAAGCGAAAUAAUCUUCUAGCUAAUGUUAGUUAUUUUAAUUUCCUUACGACAUAUUAAUUUCCUUUAUAAGGAGUUUGGUAUUUACUAAGGAUUUCAACAAAUCAUUCAACAAUUCUAAACUUUUUUAAAAAUACAUGAUCAAAUGGAUAACAUUUUGAAUAAAAACAGAGUCACUUUGAAAACUUUUGAAAAAUGGAAUCUUUCCGAAGUUUUUUGUAUAGAAACUGCUGUAGAAAAUGGAAUUUCAUAUGUUGUGAAAAUAUUUUGUAAUGUAUGUGCUCUUCAUCAAGAGAAUAUACUGGCUAAUACCAAAGGAGCAAUAAGAACAGUCGCAUUACGAUACAUAAAUGGGACACGCUACGUUAAAAAAGAUAACGUUUUUCGACAUUUACAAAGUGCUGUCCACAGAAAUGCAAUCCGAUUGUCGAAUGAAGACCUAAAUGAAAACAAAGAAGCAAAAGCAAACGACAAAGAGCAACAGGUGGAAACCAACAAACUCGACAUUAGUUUGUGUGAAACAAAAUUGACAGAAAAAGAAAAAUCUACAAAUAAUUCUUACAAAAACUUGGUAAAAAUAGCUUAUGAAAUGGCUUGCUAUCCAACUAUGCCUCAUGCACAUUUUUCUAUUCUCGUUAAUUGUGCACGCAUCACAGGAUCAAACUUCAUAAAUCGUAAAGAAACAGGAUUUACUGGCAGAGAAUUUAUCAAAUGUUGUGCCAAUACUGUUCGUGAGAAAUGCUGUAAAAUUCUCGAAAAUUGCAACUUCUUCUCGAUACUUAGCGACGGAAGUCGAGCACGAAAAACUGGAAAAGAAAAAGAACUUGUUUUGGUCCGUACAGAGCGCAAUGGAAUCCCGAUAUAUAUGGUUACCGAGUUGUUGGAAAUGUCACAAUUUGGUGGAAGCGAUUCAAACUCAGUUACUGCUGGUAUUAACAGUGUCUUUGAGUCUGAUAAUUCAUUUUUCAAAAUAUCUACUGAAGAUUAUAUCAAAAAACUAGUUUCUGCCACAGCUGACGGUGCAAACGUUAAUUUUGGUAUAAAAAAUGGUGCCCUAACACAGCUAGAAAAAUCUCGCAAGUGGUUAUUGAAAAUACAUUGUAUCAACCACAGAAUCGAAUUGGCUAUAAAAGACACAUUUAAGGAUGUAAUGGAAUUCAUAAAGAUCGAAGAAUUUUAUAUGUCAAAUUAUUACCUACUAAGAAAUUCUGGAAAAUUAAAAAGUGAAGUCGAGGCUGCGGCAAAGGCUAUAGGAAUAACUUUUUACAUUUUACCAAAAAUAUCUGGUACUAGAUUUGUUGGGCACAGGAAAAGAGCCCUUUCUAGUCUUCUCGAGACAUGGCCAGCCUUUCUUUCAGCGUAUGAAAAUUAUGCAAGUGACCCAAAAAAUGGCAAAACAGUUGGAAAAGUAAAAGGUCUAUUAAAAUUAUUUAAAUGUCAAUCAUUUCUUGUUCAAGUAGGUUUAUAUUUAGACUGUUUGGAAGUUAUUAUCCCAGCUUCAAAAAUUUUCGAAAAAAAUGAGUUAUUACCUCACGAAAUUCCGACAACUAUUCAACGAACUUUAAUAGAAAUAGACGAUAAAAUAAAAUCAAUUGGGGAAGAAGAUGAGUUUUAUGACAGCUAUGUGAUUCGCUAUUUGGUCACUGAUCACAACGAAAUUGAAGGUUCCUUUCAAAGAGCUGGUGAUAAAAGAAAACAUCCUAAAAAUCGUUCUUACAUUAAUGUAACAAUGGAGAUGAAUGAGUUUGAUCGAGAAAAAACAAUUCAAAAAAUGCAUGAAAUUAAAAGAGUGAUUUUUCCUAAACUUCAUGAAUUACUUUCAAAUAGAUUUCAAGAUUAUUCUCGUGAAUUUUCCAUUUACAGAAGUAUGAAAUUUAUUGAUCCAAUACAUUGGAUAGCUGAAGAUAAAGAGUCCGGAGUUACGCAAAUCAAGUUAGUUAGUGACCAUUUCGAAGUCCCAUUAAUACAUGCUGGUUUUCAAAGAGAUGCUGCUUUACGAGAAUGGAAAAAACUUAAACUUUUAGUCACAACCGAGUACGAGUCUCAUCCGGUAAGAAGUUUAUGGAAUGUAAUUUUUAAACAUAAAAUUAAAGAAUUUCCUAAUAUAUGUCUUCUAGUUUCUCUUAUUAUGUCUAUAUCCGGAUCGAACUCGGAAGUCGAGAGAACUUUUAGUAUUGUUACAAAUAUAUUAGCAGAUAAACGCCUAUCAAUGAACCACGACACACUUGCUGAUUGUGUCAUAAUUCUCGGCAACAAAAGUCUUUGGUCGAAAGAUGAAUACGAUAAUAUUAUUGACUUAUCGUUGUUGAAAUAUAUGAAAAAACGAAGAAAAUCUGAUGUUGGUGAUUUUAACAAACUUAGAACAGCAAAUAUUCAAGAUAUACUAACAUGCAGCGAUGCUGAUGACGUAGACAGCGAAGAUGAUAUGCUAGCAGACUAUCUUAAGGAAUUAAAUAUAUAAAUUCAUUUUAAAUAUAUAAAUCAUUUUUUGUCAUAGUAAUUUAAAAAAUGCACGAUUUAUUUUGAUGUAAAUAUUUUAUUAAUAAGAUUCAUUAUUAAUAAUAUUUUGUUUAUUGUUAAUUCAAUUCGAAUAACGUAAAGUUUUAAUGACGAACGUUUAAUUUAUGAACAUAACAUUUAUGAUCACGAAUAUGUUAACAGUAACUGAUAAAACUCUUUAUUUUUUAGAAACAAUAUUCAUAACAAAGAUAAAAAAAGUUUAUUAACAGUUAAAAAAAAAGA